UAUUCUCGCCAGUUAGUCAGUUGAAGACUGUCUAACGCGUUCAGUGCUAAUUGUUAAUAUUUGAAAUAUAAGACAUUGUGUGUCAUUUAGUGGCGUUUAUUUGUCUUAUUAUUUAUUGCACGUCACAACUAUGUCAACGUUUACUUUUGGAACACCUACAACUUCGAGCAACACAAGUUUUGGAUUUGGACAAAAACCUGCAACAGGUUUUAAUGUAACUAGUACACCUUUUGGUUCAAGUACUUCAGCACCAACAUUAACCUUUGGAAGUCCAUCCACACCGGCAACAACAACUGGGCUUAAUUUUGGAUUUAAUAGUACACCUGCAACUGCUGCACAGACACAAUCAACUGGUUUACUUUUAGGAUCAAAUACAACUAGUACAACUACUGCGAGCAGUUUAUUUCCAGCUCCAACUACGUCUGCGCCAUUAUUUGGUGGACUUUCUUUUGGCACACCAGCGACAACUUCUACGUUGACAUUUGGUGCUCCAUCUGCUACAGCUACAACUGGAAAUGUUACCUUUGGUGCACCUACUACGACAACAUCACUUUUUGGUAGUGGUAAUUUAUUAGGAUCAAAAUUAGCUACUAGUGGUACUACAACUACCACAAGCACUACCAAUAAAGGACUAGGGGGAUUAGAUAUAUCAUCAAGUAAUAAAGGAUUUUCACAAACAAAUACUAAUCCAGCUGCUGCUAAAGAAAAUAUUUGGCCACCAGAAUUAUUACAGACAAUAGAGAAAUUCAAAGAGUUUGUGAAAGAACAGAAGGUAUUGUCUUCAGAUAUAGCAAGGGGCUCUGCAAGACCAUUAAAUCGAUGUGCGGAAGAUACAGCAUCAUUGAUGGAACUUUUAACAACAUUAGCUGGAUCAGUUCAACGAGAUCGUUCUGCUGCUGAUAAGUUGAAACAAGACACAGCAAAAGCAUUACAAAGUUCUGAAGUAGCUCAAAGAACGCAUGAUACCCCACCAGGAUUACAAUAUGAAAAUAAUACACCAUUAUUAUUUUUUAUGGAAUUGGCUGAUAGCUUUGAACAUGAUUUACUGUUAUUUAGAUCUCAAAUUGAAACAACAGAAAAACAUAUACAGACAAUGAUGACUCCAAAGACUUUAACUCCACAAGAAUUGACGAUGGCUAUGAGUAAACUUCACGAGUCUCUUGUUGCUGUUGCUGGUAAAUUGCAAGGCGUACAUUCGAAAGUACAACAACAAAAGGAACAGUAUUUAAACUUUAGAAAAUACGUUUUAAAAGAUAAUACAAACGUUUUUGAAGAUAUUAAACCAGAUGGAAAAAUAUCUCGAAGUAGUAUUGGAAAAAUUACGAGUGGUCCUACACCAUUUGUUCCAGGAAAUAAAAGUUUCCUUUCAUCAACAGCACUAAAUUCCAGCAGACUAGGAAGUUAUGAAACACGAAAUCCAUUAGGAAAAGAGUAAGGAAUCUAUUUUAGUUUAUAAGUUUGGGGAAAUACAAUACCAACACCAUCUGCUACUAACAUUACUCUAAGUUCGUCAUUGAAACCACCAACAGCAAGUUUGACCUUUAAUACUCCGCCAAAUCUUACUACGCCUUUACCAACGAGUGAAUCAAACUCGAGUUUUCAACUUCAGAAACCUCCUAUUGGUAAUAAAAGAGGAAAACAUUAAAUCGA